AUGGCGCUUGCACCCUUCGCCAUCUUGCCAUCCGCCGACAAGACACCCGAGUUCGAUGCGCUCCUCGGCCAACGUGGCGCGUCGACGACGGCGGGGAAAGCUGGUCUGGACACCGAGGCCCUUGAGAGCUUCCUUCGAGAAGCAUAUCGCAUAAACUCGCACAUCACCCGUCUACACAGCGAGCUGAGGGAUGUCAGGCAGGCCUACCUCUCGACCGCGCAACCUCGAAAGUCGCAUGCUCGCGCCGCCCAGGGUCAGCCACGGGUUCUGACGGACCGCGAGCGCGAGGAUGUCGACGCAAACGCCAAGCAGAUGAUCCGCGAGCUCAAUGCAGGCAUCCGAGCCCUCGACGAAGCCGAACAGCUGCGUCGCGAGACGGAAGCUGCAAUCAUCCGCAAGAAAUACGCCAGCGGGUUAAGUGCCCUCAGCUCCUGGGCUUCUGGCGGCAAAGCGAGCAACAAAUCAGCAGACCACGCAGCCGCCGAGGCUCGCGCUCGGCAGGUCGAUAUGCACCGAGACGGGGUGCUCUGGUUUCUACGGCAGAGGCUGGAGCUGUGCUGCCGGACGCAGCAAGACAUGAUGGAGACGAGGCUGACGCGCGAAAUGGAAAAGACUCGCGGCUUCUUGCCCCCUUCCGCUACCGAUUUUGCCGCCUUUACGCCCCCGUCAGCCGAGUCACGGCCGUCUGUGGCGCCGACAUCCGACGCAGUCGACCAGAUGACAGGGUGGCAAGGCUUGACCGAAGAGCAGGUGCAAAUGUUUGAGGAGGGCAAUCAGGACAUGACAAAGCACUACGAAAGCACGCUAGACAAGGUUAAGACCGCGGAGAAGUCUCUUGUCGAGAUUUCCGAGUUGCAGACGCUGUUGGUGAACAACCUGGCGACGCAGUCUGCACACAUUGAGCAGCUGGUAACCGACUCGCUCUCGACUACCGAGAACGUCGGGGGCGGAAACAAGCAGCUGAAAAAGGCCACGCAGCGGCCCAGCGCGGCUCGCUACACGUUCUUUGCGGCCAGCGGGCUAUGCGCCUUUCUGGUGAUCUGGGACUUGCUUAUAUGA